AUAGAUGUUUCAAAUACAUUGCUCAUUUCAUAAUAAUUUAAAAACUGUAUCUGUUCAUUAACUAACACACAAAAAUAUAUUUAAAUAAUGUAAUUUCGGUAGUGAGGAAAAAAAAAACAAUCGAUUAUGCAAUGAAAAGUACAUUAUAUUUUGCAAAAAUACAUGCAGUUGACCAAAAAAACGUGUCGUUUUUGUCAUCUGCCUUUUUAACUAUAUGAAGAUCACUUUCGCCGUUUGUAACUGUGAUGGCUCGAGCCUUACACUGCUCCCUAUGCCUCAAUUCACAAAUCCAGUAAUAUUUACUAUCUACUUGUCGAUUCUUGCAAUAACUAUAGCCAUUUAUAAACAACUUUAUCCCUCCCUUAGCACUUUUAAAUGUUUCACAUUUGUACGAUUCCAUUAUAAACUUAACUCCACUUAAUUGCGUUCUAAUCACUACAAACUCAAAGUAAAUAGUAAUAAAUUUAAGAUUAUUUUAUUCUUACCCACAUCUAUUGCAAUACCAGUUUAGAAAAAUAAAGGUGCAACUAUGCACGCUAUCUGCGUAAUUGCACCUAACAAAUAGUAGGCGCUUAUUUUUAAUGUAUGAUAUUUGUUUUGUAUGUUAUAUUAUUUCAACGUUAUACCUUUCUAAUGUUAUCGUAAACAAUGAUAUAUGUAGUGUUUAUUAUAUAAUUUACAAUUAUAGAAUUCGUUGUUAUACAUAUUGCAUGUUAUUGCAAUUGAAUGUUAUUCCGAUCAAAAUUAUACAAAUUGAAUUUAUACAUUCAGAGUGAUAUAUUAUAGGUUUGUAUACGUUCUAUUACUUACCCCUGCAAAUCUGCCAAACCACUCAGUCUCAUUAAAAAUUAAUUCGCCAUCGUAUGCCGAAAGCCGAGAUGGCGUCGUGCUAUUUCGAACGUCCCAGUCCCAGCAAAGAUACGCUUGGCGCAAGUCUACGGCGACGUAUUCGGUAUUGAAAUAGUGAACAAAACGUGUAACGACUAUGUAGGCCCCUAGGUUAUUUCCACUUUGGGAAUCACUGCUCUUGAAGUACCUAAAAAGUGCCUUUUUGUUUGCAAAUUAUUGGAAUCGUUGAAGGUAGAGCAGAUUUGUCCUACAGUGUGCACAGACGAUUGAUAAAGGUUAUCUGCGCGGGCGCAUCCUGCUGCCUUUAUCCGCUGGGCCUACAAGCGCUUCGUCUCGGUUGGCCAGUAUUACCGUGACCUCCGAUCACGCAUACUUGUUAUGGCACUUUAGGUAACAUUUACACUAGUUUUUGGGGCCAUCAAGCGAUGGGAGACCCAUAUGUGGAGAAUAGCAGUUAGCGUCGGCGUUAGCAUUUAGCUUUCGUUGUAAAGGUUGUCAUUCCGAGAGACCGGAUCGCAACCGCAAGCCUGGACGAACCAACGUCAUGCUUAUAUCAAUCACUUUUAAUCAAUCAUUCAUUUGAAACGAAUUGUUGACCAAGUAUUUUUCCCUUUUUCGUCGCAAAACUAUAUGGAGUUAGUUUUUUAUUUUUUGCUAAGUUGCGUAGUUAUAAUAUUGUUUGCGUGCGUUUGUAUUACUAACUUGCUUUACUUGAUCGAAGGCAUUUCACAAACAUGCGAAGAGGGUAUUUGUGUAUUGUAUUGACAUGUGCAGUGUUAUUGUGUAACAAUGGAAAUACUCAAAGAAUUUGGGUGACUACGGAUGAAUUGGAAAAUCAUAUAAAUCCUGACGAUCUCCGCGAACUGCUGAAUCUUCGUAAUACAUCGGCAACGACCACCCCUGCGGACGCGGAACCAGAUCGAAUCUACGGCUCUAUCGACGAUGAUACGCCGCACGCUGUCCCGGAUACCGUGGACUGCUUCGGGCUCGGCUCUCUUACGAAGCAGUUGCCGUGGCUCUUCAAUAUGCGGCCAGACUCUUCUGAUGCUGUCAAAACGCAUUUCUUCUUUUACUCCCGCAAACAACAAUUUCGAGCUCAGGUGUUGCUGGGAGAGCAGUUCGGGCUGGAGUGGGUGGACUUCAAGCAGAGUCGCAGAACCGUCAUGAUCGUUCACGGCUUCAUGAGCCAUAGCAAUGCUUCAUGGGUUAACGAUAUGGCUCGAGCCUUUUUAAAAUGGGAUGAUGUGAACGUUAUUGCGGUGGACUGGAGUGGAGGCGGCAAUACUUGGAAAUACUGGCGAGCUGUGGCGAACACUCGUCGAGUUGGCUCCGAUGUCGUGGCGUUCUUGAAGAAACUAAUAGAGGAAACGGGAGCGCGGGUGAAGGAUUUUCACUUAGUGGGACACAGUUUGGGCGCUCAUAUUUGCGCGUUUGUUUCGAAGCACUUCAACGGCGUUGCUAGGAUAACUGGUUUGGACCCUGCCCAACCUUGCUUCCGAACAUCUGACAAGUCCGAGCGGUUAGAUAAAUCAGAUGCUGAUUUUGUCGAUGUCAUUCAUACAAAUGGGAGACUUUUGAAAAAGAUCGGAUUUGGGCUGCCGGAACCUGCAGGGCAUGCGGAUUUUUACCCCAAUGGUGGCAUGAAGCAACCCGGGUGUCACAACGGAACAUCUUUGUUUUCAAAAUUCUUCCGUUACACACCAUCACAUUUGCAGCAAGCGAUUUGCAGCCACGGGCGAGCAUACCUGCUCUUUACCGAGUCUCUGGUCAACAACAACUGCUCGUUUAGGGCACAUCGCUGGAACUUGUCCUACGAAGGGGUGGAGUCGUGCCUCCGCGCAGCGUGCGACUUCACCGGGUCCUGCUCGGAGAUGGGCAUCAAGGCUAUCGGCGGGAAGGACUUGCCCAGGGCACAAGGCCCUUAUUUUGUGCUGACAACUGAGAGGGUUCCCUAUUGUCCGUCCGAGUCGGAGCGGCGGCAGCCGGCGCAGCACCUGCUGAAGGAUUUGCGCGAGGGCUUCCAGCUGGCGGGGUUUGGCGCGGGCACGCGGCGGCCGCUUGCCUCGCGCGCGCCCGACUACGCGGACCCUGACCCUACCACCGCUCGCAACAACCUAGACACCCCCACCACCAAGAAAUCCUGGUUCAAUUGGUGGAAAAUGAAUUCGAACUAAAUAUUUCACUUACUCGGCUGACCUGCCCAAAGUUCGGUUAAUUUUUAAGUAAUGUUAUGGUUAAUUUAUGGUAUGUAUAUAUAUAGAAGUACGUGGUUUAUUUGACAGUUCUCUUUGGGAACUCUUUCAGUCAGCGCAAUACCCAAGGUCAGCGAGUCUGGUAAAUAUUGUUGAUGUAACUCGCCGCUGAUAGUUUUUAAGUACGUAAUACGAUUUCGCUGUAUAAAUGCAAAAGGACUUCCAUCAGGAAGUCCUUUUGCAUGUUUUGCACUGUUUGAUUGAUACAUUUGAUACUGAACCACAGACAAUGAUCUGUGGUUCCUUUCGUCUUUUUAAGAGUCCGCAGCAAGUUUGGCCGAACGUCAUCUUUUCAUACAAACGGAGUUUCGUUCUCAUUUUAAAACUGCGUGAUGAAUAACUUUAUAACGUAACGUUGUACAUAUAAUGAAAUGAGGUAUAUCUAUGCCUGUAUUUAGUUUAUAUAGUUCCAGCUUAUAAAACAAACGAAAUACAACAAAAACAAGUUUUGUAUGAAAAACUUAAGUUCACUGUAUUUUUAGGGUUCCGUAGCCAAAUGGCAAAAAACGGAACCCUUAUAGAUUCGUCAUGUCCGUCUGUCUGUCCGUUUAUGUUACAGCCACUUUUUUACGAAACUAUAAGGGCUAUACUGUUCAAACUUGGUAAGUAGAGGUAUUCUAUGAACCGCAUUAAGAUUUUUACACAAAAAUAGAAAAAAAACAAUAAAUUUUGGGGGUUCCCCAUACUUAGAACUGAAACUCAUAAAAUCUUUUUUCAUCAAACCCAUACGUGUGGGGUAUCUAUGGAUCGGUCUUCAAAAAUGAUAUUUAGGUUUCUAAUAUCAUUUUUUUUAAACUGAAUAGUUUGCGCGAGAGACACUUCCAAAGUGGAAAAAUGUGUCCCCCCCCCUGUAACUUCUAAAAUAGGAGAAUGAAAAAUCUAAAAAAAUAUAUGAUAUACAUUACCACGCAAACUUUCACCGAAAAUUGGUUUGAACGAGAUCUAGUAAGUAGUUUUUUUUUAAAACGUCAUAAAAAAAAAAAACAUCAAACCCAUACGUGUGGGGUAUCUAUGGAUAGGUCUUCAAAAAUGAUAUUUAGGUUUCUAAUAUCAUUUUUUUCUUAACUGAAUAGUUUGCGCGAGAGACACUUCCAAAGUGGAAAAAUGUGUGUCUCCCCCCUCCCUGUAACUUCUAAAAUAACAGAAUGAAAAAUCUAAAAAAUAUAUGAUAUACAUUACCAUGCAAACUUUCACCGAAAAUUGGUGUGAACGAGAUCUAGUAAGUAGUUCUUUUUUUUACGUCAUAAAUGAUAUGGAACCCUUCAUGGGCGAGUCCGACUCGCACUUGGCCGCUUUUUUAACUAUGGUAUCUGAAGCUACAUUAACUAAUUACAUACAGACAUAGAUAUACCAUCUCCUGUUGUAAGUACAAAGUUCCAGAGAAAUCUAGCUCGUCGUUUUAAAAUGAGAGCGUUACUACGUUUGUAUGGAGAACCGAGCUUGUUGCGGACUCUUAGGCAAAAUAUUUGAUGAAUUUUGUCUAGUAGAAAAAGGAAGUCUUAUUAUGAGUUCAUCGGCUAAAGUCGCAAACCACGUAAUAACUUCUAACUAAGUAUUAUUGACCAAAGUAGGUAGCAAAAUCCCUAAUGUCCUCUAAUAGAGCUACGAGGUUUGCGACUUUAGCCGACGAUUAUGUUACCUACUAUAAAUUAACUUCUUUGCAACCAAUACGGGCUGGUCCGAUUGUUACAAAAUUAAUAUGAUUAAGCUUGUAAAUUUUAUUAUAUUAGCAAGACAUAUAAAAUUACAUAUGACAAAUAUAAUUUUCAAUAACUGCUUUUCAUUUA